GCUUUGUAUUGGGUCAUGCUCAUUGAAAACUUGUUUUCUUUUCUUCACACACCUUAAUGAACAUUUCACUCCUCACAUAUCAAACCUAUAAACACGUUAGUUGUCCAAUCAAAGGGAACAAUCCAUUUUCAUACGCAGAAGAAGUAUGAAGUCGACCGUCGUCAUCCUAAUAGUGUUGGCUGCCCUGGCUGCUGUCGCCUCUGCCCAGCAAACGAGUUGGGAGACACUCGAAACCAUGGAUGUUGAUAACGUCUUGAAAAAUACGAAACUUGUGAAGCGCUACUUAGAUUGCCUUUUAGAUCGCGGACGCUGUGAAAAAAAUGGAAAAGAUUGGAAGGUUCAGCCAGUCUAUAGCUCUGGUUCAGCCAUGUAUGCAUUCAACUUUUUGAAAAUCAGUGAAUUUGCUAUGGAGAAUCGACGAUUGGCAGUGGCGAGGGAAGAAGAGCAGGAUGACCGAAUGAAGACUUUUAUAUUUAAAGGGGAAGGGCAUACGCUUGGCAACGCUAUUCGGACAAUAAUUUUGAAAAAUCCUGAUGUUAUUUUCUGUGGCUACACCAUCCCUCAUCCAUCUGAAAACAAGUUGCACUUGAGGAUUGAAACAAAAAGCAUAUCUGCUGUUGAUGCUCUCAGAGAGGGACUUGAACAACUGCAAAACUUGAGUGAUCAUAUCCUUAAAACAUUUGAGACAGCAGUGGUGGACUAUAAGUCAAAUCAGAUGGAAGUGUAAAGUUUUCAAUGUUGUAUUGAUAAUCAGAAAUACAACCUCAUUCUUCGUAA